AUGAUUGCCGCGUUCAUUGGCUUCCUGACCUUUGGUCACGGAUACAUGGUGCUUCUCGUCCACAUAUGCCAGACACUCGUCUACCGGGAAGUGACGAACCUCUUCGCCUUGUCCAGCAAGAACGCCAAGAUCGAGGCCAAGAAGGACCCAUGGAGCGUUACCCUUAACUGGUACUUCUUCGCCGUGACGAAUUACUUCCUCUACGGCGAGAGCAUUAUCUACUACUUCAAGCAUGUUGUCUUCGCCGACGCGAACCUCUUACCCUUCGCGACCAACCAUCGCAUGCUCAGCUUCAUGCUCUACACGCUCGGCUUCGUUGGCUUCGUCAUGUCGCUGCAGAAGGGCCAACUCAAGCAACAGUUUGGUCUCUUCUGUUGGGUACACAUGAGCUUGCUCCUUGUCGUCGUCUCUAGCCACUUUAUCGUCAAUAACAUUCUGGAGGGUGUCAUCUGGUUCUGGGUUCCUGCGUCGCUCGUCAUCUGCAACGACGUCUUCGCCUACAUCUGCGGCAUCACCUUCGGCAAGACCCCCUUGAUCCAGCUUUCGCCCAAGAAGACCGUCGAGGGCUUUGUCGGCGCGUUCUUCUGCACCAUGGCUUUCGGCGUCGCCUGGGGUACCUUCUUCAUGCGAUUCAACUACAUGAUUUGCCCGGUGCGCGACCUUGGCAAGCACGCCUGGGAGGAGUUCAUGUGCAAGCCCAACCCGGUCUUCAUGUGGCGCGAGUGGCAGAUCUGGGGGCCGGUUGCGUCCUUCCUCUCGAACUUGCUCGGUCAUGAGAUCAAGACGAUCCCGUACGCGCCUUUCCAAGGCCACGUACUUGUCAUGGCUAUCUUCGCCUCCCUCGUCGCGCCCUUUGGCGGUUUCUUCGCCUCUGGUUUCAAGCGCGCCUUCAACAUCAAGGACUUCGGCCACAGUAUCCCUGGUCAUGGUGGCAUGACUGAUCGCAUGGACUGCCAAUUCCUCAUGGGCGUGUUCACCUACGUGUACUAUAGCAGCCUCAUCCGCGAGCACCACGUCACCGUCGGGUCCGUGCUGCAGACGAUUGUCAGCGGGCUGACGACGGAGGAGCAGCUCGAGCUCAUCAAAGACCUGAAGGGGUACCUGCAGGGGCAGGGGAUUUCUGUACCGUGA